UCUGCGGCAGUCAAAUCAACGCAGUUCAUAUAUAACAGGCCCUGUCUAUUUAAAUAUUCCCCACCGCCUCCACCGCAAGCACCACCGCAUAUAAUCUUAAAAAACCAAAGGAACAUAGCACAACCUUGUCGGAUCGGACCACAUUACAGAUGGGACACGGCGAGAAGGGUCGGCCCAACAAAAAGCUUAAAUUUUCUGUCAAGGAUGAUCAGAGGAGCACAAAUGCAGAAGAUGAUGAUACUUUCUACGGCGAAGAACCUGAGGAUGAUUAUCGCGAUGAAGGGAAGAAAAGGGACUUCAGCAAACUAGAACUAAAACCAGAUCACGCAAAUAGGCCUUUAUGGGCCUGUGCUGAUGGGAGGAUUUUUCUCGAGACCUUUUCCCCUCUCUACAAACAAGCAUACGAUUUUCUUAUUGCCAUAGCUGAACCAGUUUGCAGGCCAGAGUCUAUGCACGAAUAUAACUUGACACCACAUUCUUUGUAUGCCGCGGUAUCAGUUGGUUUGGAGACAGAAACCAUUGUUGCUGUUUUGGGUAAGUUGUCAAAGACCAAGCUACCCAAGGAGAUGAUUGACUUCAUUUAUGAAUCCACUGCCAAUUAUGGCAAAGUGAAACUCGUGUUGAAAAAGAAUCGCUACUUUGUUGAAUCCCCAUUUCCAGAGGUAUUGAAGAGGCUGCUUCAAGAUGAAGUGAUAUCGCGAGCAAGGAUUACUUCUGAGGGUUCUUAUGGGAGAGAUGGAUUUACUAUCAGCAAAACCGCGGGUGAAAUUGGAGGUGGUCAUGAAGAGUUGUUGAAUGAAGCGGAAUUGGCCGCUGCGGCUGAAGAGAAGGAAACUCAUUCAUUUGAGAUUGAUCCUUCACAGGUGGAGAAUGUGAAGCAACGUUGCUUGCCAAAUGCUUUAAACUAUCCAAUGUUAGAGGAGUAUGAUUUCAGAAAUGACACUGUCAACCCUGACCUGGACAUGGAAUUGAAGCCUCACGCCCAACCUCGACCAUAUCAAGAAAAAAGUCUUAGCAAAAUGUUUGGAAAUGGUAGAGCAAGAUCUGGCAUUAUUGUCUUACCUUGUGGUGCUGGAAAAUCUCUUGUUGGUGUCUCUGCAGCAUCUCGUAUUAAGAAGAGUUGUCUUUGUUUAGCAACAAAUGCCGUUUCAGUUGAUCAAUGGGCAUUCCAGUUUAGGUUAUGGUCAACCAUACGAGAAGAUCAAAUCUGUCGUUUCACAUCUGAUAGCAAAGAAAGGUUCCGUGGCAAUGCUGGUGUUGUCGUGACAACAUACAACAUGGUUGCUUUUGGUGGUAAACGGUCAGAGGAAUCUGAGAAGAUAAUUGAAGAAAUAAGAAACAGGGAAUGGGGACUGUUGCUUAUGGAUGAGGUGCAUGUGGUCCCGGCUCAUAUGUUCCGAAAAGUAAUCAGUCUCACCAAAUCUCACUGCAAAUUGGGGCUUACUGCAACACUUGUGAGAGAGGAUGAAAGGAUUACAGAUCUGAACUUCCUAAUUGGUCCCAAAUUGUAUGAAGCCAACUGGUUGGAUUUAGUGAAAGGUGGAUUCAUAGCAAAUGUACAGUGUGCUGAGGUGUGGUGUCCAAUGACAAAGGAGUUCUUUGCGGAAUAUUUGAAGAAAGAAAAUUCCAAGAAGAGACAGGCACUCUAUGUGAUGAACCCAAAUAAAUUUAGAGCUUGUGAGUUUCUCAUACGGUUCCAUGAACAACAACGUGGUGAUAAGAUAAUUGUGUUUGCUGACAAUCUAUUUGCACUCACUGAGUAUGCAAUGAAACUCCGCAAGCCUAUGAUCUAUGGUGCUACCAGCCAUGUUGAGAGAACUAAAAUUCUUGAAGCUUUCAAAACUAGUCGAGAUGUUAACACUAUCUUCCUAUCAAAGGUGGGUGAUAACUCAAUAGAUAUUCCUGAAGCAAAUGUGAUAAUUCAGAUCUCAUCACAUGCUGGGUCAAGACGUCAAGAAGCCCAACGUUUGGGUCGUAUUCUUAGGGCAAAGGUAGAGAGGGAAAUGAGAGCUACGUCUUUGCAUAAACCUAGAACAAGAGAUGUCCACUCGAGCUGUAAACUACUCCAACAAGGGACCUGCAGUUGCCCAUUCAGUUCAGCUUCCUCUUUGCGAACAUAGCAGCACUUAACCAUCACAAUUCCUCUUUAAGGAGGGAGCAGAGUCUCCGACAUCCAAACAGUUUUCCAAGGGAAGUUUGGUAAACAAUACAUAUAGUUACUCAGAAGGCAGUAUAGAAGCUUUUAACUUCAAAAGAUCCUUUAGAUUCCAAUUUCUACAAAGUUUCCUUGCUAAUCACAAGCUGGAUAUUUGGAGCAUUAUUCACUACAUCUAGGAAAUUAGACAAUGGCUUUGGUUUCCAAUCUCUGAUUCCUAGCAAUGGUCCACAGUAUGUCAGUCCACGCCCAAGCUAGGUUGGACAGAUAAGGGAAUUGAGCUUUUAGUGGGUCAUCGCCAUGACAUGUAUUGUACCAUAUUCUAAUUCUCUUCCACUCCUUGUAUCAUGCAGACUAUUGACAGAUUAAAUUACCAAUCCGUUGGGGACACCCAACUUUAGCCUUCGUCACUCUUCCAUGAACUGCCAAGACUGAGAGCAAAUCUCCAAAGCCAAUAAGAGGGUAGAGCUGUAUUCAAACGUGAGAUGACAAUUCAACCCGGGGGCCCUUCUGCAUUGACGAAACGAUGUUAUUUCUAUUACAGAAUUGCUGUAACAUACACUCUAUUAACGCCUGUUUCUAAAAUUCUGUUAGUGUGAUAGAAAGCAACAAUAACAUUUAACAUAUGCCCCUGCCCAAAGUCUUUGGCCAGAAAAUAUCACUCCGACCUUCUUGACUUGAUGAAGGUCGGAUGUAGGAUCUUGUCAUAUCUUAUUCACUUCAUGAAUCAUCAAGUUUUGUUUUGU